AGGAGAGAAGGUGGAGAGCUUCUGCGGGCCGAGACUUUAAAUCGCCUUCAUUUCCCCCAAAUCCUUCCUUUUCCUCUCCUCCCCCAGGCCGGCAGGGAGGCAGCUUCCACCGCCCUCCGCGCGCCCUCGCCCAGUCUCUCUCAGCCUCCCGGGGCCGCCCGCGACCGGCCUCCCAAAGUUUGCUCGUGCUGCUCCCCUGAAGGCCCCCGCACUUCUUGCUUUUCGGUGGAGGCAGAGAAGGAGUGAGGCGAGGGGCGAGCGGGGCGCCGGGACUCCUGGGACCAUGGGCCUGGUGCGGGCGCCCACGGGGCCGCGGCCGCGCGGUCUGCCUACUCCGGCGCCCCGGGUCGCGGGGCUGCGCUGCGGGCUCGGGGGCUGUGCGCUCUGAGCCGGCCUGGCGCGGCGGGGCAGGGGGCUGGCGGCCCCAUGGGGCGCGCCCACACUUGCCCCCCGGGCUCGGGAGCCUGAAGUAGGGGCCCGCCAUGGGAGCGGGAUCUGCUCGGGGGGCCGGAGGCACUGCGUUGGCGGCGGCGGCGGCGUUCAGGGGGGGGUUUCUCUUCACCUGGAUCUUAGUCUCAUUUGCCUGUCAUCUGGCCUCCACCCAAGGAGUUCCUGAAGAUGUGGACAUCCUCCAGAAUCUGGGGCUUAACUGGACAAAGGCCAUGGCAGGUGGCCGGAACCCCAUGCCCUCAGGAGUCAUUCCAUUCCAAUCGGGCUUCAUCUUUACACAGCGGACCCGGCUCCAGGCCUCGACGGCAGCUAUCAUUCCUGCUGCCCUGGGUACAGAGCUGGCGCUGGUGCUGAGUCUCUGUUCCCACCGGGUAAACCAUGCUUUCCUCUUUGCUGUCUGGAGCCGGAAGCACAAGCUGCAGCUGGGUCUGCAGCUCCUCCCUGGCAAGAUGGUGGUCCACUUGGGGCCCCGGCGCUCCGUGGCCUUUGACCUUGAUGUGCACAAUGGGCGUUGGCACCACCUGGCCCUCGAGCUCCGGGGCCAGACGGUCACCUUGGUGACAGCCUGUGGGCAGGACCGGGUGUCUGUCUCAUUGCCUUUCCAUAGGGACUCAGCACUGGACCCCCAGGGUUCCUUCCUCUUUGGGAAGAUGAGCCCCCACGCCGUCCAGUUUGAGGGUGCCCUGUGUCAGUUCAGCAUCUACCCUGUGAUGCAGGUCACACACAAUUACUGCACCCACCUGAGAAAGCAGUGUGUGCAGGCUGACACCUAUCGGCCACAGCUGGGGCCCUUUCUACCCCGAGACUUUAGCUCACCCUUCACCUUGCAGACCCGCCUUGCCCUGCGAGGCCUGGAGAACCUGACCACUGCCUCACCAGCCCUGCUCUCACAGCCAGUGGGCAGGGGGUCUAGGGUGACUAUGGAGACUGCCAUGCCCACCCAGUCCCUGAGGACCAGGGUUGCAGGCCCUCGCCAGCGUGUCACAGAAGAAGAGCCAGCCUGGACCCUACAGCCACCUGCUAAGCCAUCAUCCAAGAAAGUGCUUCCUCCUGGCUCCCCACAACCUGUACAGCCAGUGCAGAAAAUUACAACCUACCAAGUCCCCAAAAGUCACCCAGUUAGGCACUUAACCCCUUCUCCUUCUAUUGCUUCCCUCAAAAGCCCCCACAACACCCAAAAGGCAGCUCCACUCACCAGAAAGCCAGUGCCCCCCACUUCCCUCCUCUCAGUUCCUGACAAAGCCCCCCACCACACAGUGAAACCCAUCCAAAAGAACCCUAUAAUGUCCAGACCCCCACCUCCCAGUGCUGGGUCCCUACCUUCCAUAGUAGGUGUCUCUAAAAAGCUGCCCCCCACAGUGGUCCAGACUGAAGCUAAGAUGCACAGCCAGGCCCGUGAAGUGGUCCUCUCACAUCCCAGCACACACAGACUCCCCUCACCCACGGCCUCACCUCCAUCACUUGCCCUCAGUUCUGCACCAACUAGGACCAUUCGACUGUCAGCCUUAGUGAUGCCCAAGACCUCAACAGUCCCCAUCCUUGCUCCCGGUUCAGCCCCUACCAGAAGCAAGAAACUCCCAGCAUUGGAAGCCACAAAGAAAGUCAGAUCCAAGAACAGCUCUCAGAAGCCUACCCCACCUAGGCCUGGAAAGGCAGCCAAAGAUUUGCCUGUGAACCAUCUGAUCACGGAUCCCAACCCCAGGCGGCCCCAGACCACCCCAGCCCUGAUGUUGGCCCCAGCACGAUUCCUGUCCUCCAGCCCCCGACCCACGAGCAGUGGCUAUUUCUUCUUCCACUUGGUGGAACCAACGCCAUUCCCACUGCUGCUAGGACCUCCAGGGGCCAAGGGAGACUGUGGCUUGCCGGGUCCCCCCGGUCUUCCUGGACUCCCUGGACCCCCUGGAGCACGGGGACCUCGGGGUCUUCCUGGGCCUUAUGGAAAUCCAGGCCUCCCAGGACUUCCUGGAGCCAAAGGACAGAAAGGGGACCCAGGGCUCUCACCAGGAAAGGCCCAUGAUGGGACAAAGGGUGAUGAGGGAUUACCCGGACUCUCUGGGAAUCCAGGACCACUUGGAAGAAAGGGGCUUAAGGGUUAUCCUGGACCUGCAGGCCACCCUGGAGAACAGGGGCAGCCGGGACCUGAGGGCAGCCCAGGGGCCAAAGGUUACCCUGGCAGGCAGGGCUUACCUGGACCUGUAGGAGAGCCUGGCCCUAAAGGCAGCCGGGGCUACAUUGGGCUCCCAGGGCUCUUCGGCCUGCCAGGUUCUGAUGGAGACCGAGGUCUACCUGGCAUUCCUGGCAAGAGGGGCAAGAUGGGUAGGCCGGGAUUUCCUGGAGACUUUGGAGAAAGAGGCCCUCCAGGACUAGAUGGAAACCCUGGAGAGCUGGGCUUGCCAGGGCCCUCAGGUGUCCCCGGCCUCAUUGGCGACAUGGGAGCAUUGGGUCUGAUUGGCUACCCAGGACCCAAGGGCAUAAAGGGACUGAUGGGAAACAUGGGGGAGCCCGGACUGAAAGGUGAUAAGGGUGAACAAGGGGUUCCAGGUGUGUUGGGAAAUCCUGGAUUCCAAGGAGAUAAGGGGAGCCGGGGAUUGCCAGGGCUCCCAGGCACACGGGGAAAACCAGGAUCUCUGGGCAAAGUUGGAGACAAAGGAUCCCUUGGGUUUCCCGGCCCCCCUGGACCAGAGGGGUUCCCUGGUGACAUUGGCCCCCCUGGGGACAACGGCCCUGAAGGCAUGAAGGGUAAGCCUGGAGCUCGAGGCCUGCCGGGACCCGCUGGGCUGCUGGGUCCUGAGGGAGAUGAGGGGCCAACAGGACCACCAGGAGUCCCUGGCUUAGAGGGUCAACCAGGCAGGAAGGGGUUUCCUGGGAGGCCAGGCCCAGAUGGCUUAAAGGGUGAGCCAGGGGACCAUGGACGCCCUGGGCCCAUGGGUGAGCAGGGACUUCUAGGAUUCAUUGGUCUGGUGGGGGAGCCCGGAAUCGUAGGAGAAAAGGGUGACCGGGGCAUGAUGGGACCCCCAGGCGUGCCUGGACCCAAGGGCUCAACGGGCCAUCCUGGAACUCCAGGUAGUGUUGGGAACCCUGGAGAGCGUGGAACACCGGGCCCUCCAGGAUCUCGAGGCCCGCCAGGCAUGAGAGGAGCAAAGGGACACCAGGGCCCCCGAGGACCAGAUGGCCCAGCUGGGGAGCAAGGGUCACGAGGCCUGAAGGGCACCUCAGGACCACAUGGCAGACCAGGCCAGCCUGGGCAGCAGGGUGCAUCGGGCGAGCGAGGGCACUUGGGCGCACGUGGCUUUCCUGGUAUCCCGGGUCCCUCUGGCCCCCCAGGCACCAAGGGCCUUCCAGGAGAACUGGGACCCCAGGGACCCCAGGGGCCACUUGGCCCUCCAGGAGAGAUGGGACCCAAGGGCCCUCCAGGUGCAGUGGGAGAGCUGGGCCUUCCCGGAGAAGCUGGGCUGAAGGGUGACCUUGGGCCUCUGGGCACCCCCGGGGAGCAGGGCCUCGUUGGGCAACGGGGAGAGCCAGGCCUGGAGGGUGACAGUGGUCCCACAGGGCCUGAUGGACUGAAGGGUGACAGGGGUGACCCUGGUCCGGAUGGUGAACGUGGCGAGAAGGGCCAGGAGGGGCUGAAGGGCGAGGAUGGGCCCCCAGGGCCUCCUGGCAUUACUGGAAUCCGGGGUCCUGAAGGAAAACCAGGGAAGCAGGGAGAAAAGGGCCGAACUGGAGCCAAGGGGUCCAAGGGCUACCAAGGACAUCUGGGUGAGAUGGGCACCCCUGGAGACCCUGGACCCCCUGGCACCCUAGGCCCUAAAGGGUCCCGGGGCAGCCUUGGACCAACGGGUGCUCCAGGCCGGAUGGGGGCACAUGGAGAGCCGGGACUGGCUGGAUAUGAUGGACACAAAGGCAUCACAGGGUCCAUUGGACCCCCUGGACCAAAAGGUGAAAAGGGGGAGCAAGGCGAGGAUGGCAAGGCUGAGGGUCUCCCUGGGCCCCCUGGAGAUCGGGGCCCUGUGGGUGCUCGUGGGGACCGAGGAGAACCUGGGGACCCUGGCUACCCUGGACAGGAGGGUGUUCAAGGCCUCCGUGGAAAUCCGGGUCAGCAGGGCCGACCUGGACAUCCGGGACCCCGGGGGCGACUGGGACCCAAAGGAUCAAAAGGAGAAGAGGGACCAAAGGGAAAGCAAGGCAAGGCUGGGGCACCAGGACGGAGGGGGAUCCAGGGCCUGCAGGGGCUUCCGGGACCCCAGGGUGUGGUUGGCAGACAGGGCCCUGAGGGGGUCGCUGGAUCAGAUGGGCUUCCUGGCAAUGAUGGUCAAGCAGGACAGCAGGGGGAGCAGGGAGAUGAUGGGGAGCCUGGCCCCCUGGGUCCUGUUGGGAAGAGAGGAAAUGCAGGUGUGGCUGGCUUGCCUGGAGCACAGGGGCCCCCAGGAUUCAAGGGUGAAAGUGGGUUACCUGGACAGCUGGGUUCCCCCGGCAAGCGAGGGACAGAAGGCGGAAUGGGGCUUCCUGGGAGUCAGGGGGCGCCUGGAUCCAAAGGCCAACUGGGUGAUUCUGGUGAGAUGGGUUUCCCAGGAAUGGCUGGCCUCUUCGGACCUAAGGGCCCCCCUGGAGACAUCGGCUUCAAGGGCAUCCAGGGCCCCCGAGGGCCACCUGGCUUGAUGGGAAUGGAAGGCAUUGCUGGGCCCCUUGGCAUCCUGGGACCUUCAGGGCGCCCGGGACGGAAAGGGGACAGAGGUAGCCGAGGGAACUUGGGAUUGCAAGGUCCGAGGGGUCCUACUGGCCCCCGAGGAAGGCCCGGCCCCCCGGGUCCUCCAGGGAGCCCUCUCCACUUUCAGCAAGAUGACCUUGGGGCAGCAUUUCAGACCUGGGUGGACAGUAAUGGAGUACUGAGAGCAGAGCAAGGUUCCAGCUAUGCAGAGCGGCUGGUGCUGGACCAGGGAGGAGAGAUCUUUAAAACCUUACACUACCUCAGCAACCUCAUCCAGAGCAUUAAGACACCCCUGGGCACCAAAGAGAACCCAGCCCGGGUCUGCCGGGACCUCAUGGACUGUGAGCAGAAGAUGGUGGAUGGUACCUACUGGGUGGAUCCAAACCUGGGCUGCUCCUCUGACACCAUUGAAGUCUCCUGCAACUUCACACAUGGUGGACAGACGUGUCUCAAACCCAUCACGGCCUCCAAGAUGGAGUUUGCCAUCAGUCGGGUCCAGAUGAAUUUUCUGCACCUGCUGAGCUCCGAGGUGACACAGCACAUCACCGUCCACUGCCUUAACAUGACUGUGUGGCAGGAGGGCACCGGGAAGACCCCAACCAAGCAUGCUGUUCGUUUCCGGGCCUGGAAUGGGCAGAUCUUUGAAGCUGGGGGUCAGUUUCAGCCAGAGGUGUCCCUGGAUGGCUGCAAGGUGAGGGAGCAGUGUAGAUGCUGUGUGAUGUGGACUUGGUGGGUGUGUGUGCCCUUGUCCCACUGCUCUCAGGUCCAGGAUGGCCGCUGGCAUCAGACACUCUUCACCUUCCGCACCCAGGACCCUCAGCAGCUGCCCAUUGUCAGCGUGGACAACCUUCCCUCUGCCUCAUCAGGGAAGCAGUACCGCCUAGAAAUUGGACCUGCGUGCUUCCUCUGACCUCAGACCUCCUGGCUCCUCUUGGCCCUAUGGGAAAGGGAAGAAGAGAAGGGCCCCUGGGGUAGGUGUGCCCAGGGUGUUCUUGGGCAGCCCCAGAUGUCUGUGUAGUAGGAGUGACUGGGAGCAGCAGGAAACUGGGUAUCCUUGCGAACAGCAGAUCAGCAGAUUCCAGAUCAGCCCCAGAGAGCAACCAAAGAGCCAGUGAGAGCACGCUGAGCCUGCAGCAUGCCUGAGCUCCAAGGCCUGUCUCCCAACUCCAUGGCCCCUGCCUGCCCUCCCUGGCUUCCUGCCCAAAGGGCCCCCAGAUUUUCAAGACAGCUGAAGGGAAGGGGGUAUUUGUCAGCUGGUCUCUGCCAGGGAGCUUUGAUGUGCAAUAUGAGAGGGGAGACAUAAAAGAAAAAAGGAAAGAAAGGAGUAUAUAUAUUUUAUUUAAACAAACACAAGAAGGAAAGUGGAUUCUGAUUUCUGUUCCCAUGGGGAGGAGGUGAGAGGGUGACAGAGAGCAGCCAGGGGGUGGGGGGCAAUGGAGCAAGAAGCACUUAGGACUGGGGGAGUCAUGUUUGCUACCUCCCACUAUGAAAUUGCUGGUGCUCACAAUCUUCUCAUACUGUAUGUGAUGUUUUCUAAAGGAAAAAAAAAAACCUAUUUAAGAUUCUAAAGGUGCUACCAUUUUUCCCCCUACAGACUUUGAAGGAACAUUUUGACAUGGGCUUUCAACCAUGUCUUUCUUUCUCCUCCAACUGUUCAAGUUUGGAGAAUUGUUUAAUUUUUUUCCCAGCCAGCCUCUCCCUAAUGCUCACCAGGUAAUCUGCUAAAGAAGGGGUAUUGGAAAGAAAAAGAAAGAAAGAGAAAAUGAAAAAAUUAAAAAAGCCAAAAAUAUAUUUUAAAAGUAUCUACCAGGAACACAAGUAGAAAGAUUUACCUUUUAACUUAUGGGUCUUUGAAAUGUAUGCCCUCUUAAGGCAGUGAGAGGUGUGAGCAUGAAGGAGUUUGACUCCGCCUUUCAGGAUCCUGGAGGGACUCUCAGCGGUUCUGGAGGCUAUAGCCUAGACUGCAAGGAUCUCAAAGCACCUUUGACCUUGGAAGCCACCAGUUAUAAGAGCCCAGGCUGGCCUUAAAGAUGGAAUAUAAUACAGCUCCACCUACUGAAGCCACAUGCCACUCAGAAGGAGUUUGUCCAUUCAAGAUUCAGUUAUCAACCUAGCUUUUUCAUUGUCACUAAAUCCUAUAGAAACCCAAUGUCAUUAGCUCUGAACUUGAGCCAACCAUGAGCUGAGGAGAUGGAAGAAUUCACAGGGUGUCCCACGUAAUUAGAGAUAUUUGUUGCAAUCUGAAUGCUACUCUAUCCGUGAACCAACCAGCACUCAUAUUGCAUUUUCAGGCAAUAUUUUAAAACUAUGGAAUUAUUAUUUUUAUAGAAGGGGAAAUUUUAUGUGAAAAGUCUAUUUGUGUCUAUUUUUUCCCCUAGAGCUGUGUCUUUUGGGGAAUUGGAUUUGAAUUUCAUUAUUUAAUACCUCACUGUGGCCCACCCUCCUGCCUCCAGACCCUCUGUACCCUGGCCCCCACCAGCUGCAGACCCCCCCCCUGGCUCUUGGGCUUCAUCUCAGUGCUUGCAGUUCCCUCCUUGCCAGUCUCCCCCCUCUUGUUCUUGGGUCCCCCUGCUGUCCUUGUCCCUGUUUGUCCACAUGUCAGUGUACUGAAGCCCUAGCUUCAGGGUUCUGUUUCUCCUUUUCCCUUCUGGAUUUUAAAUAAAUAUUUAAAACUGAGGCAAUGGAAUGA